UUUGCAACUUCCAGUCACUCCCUCAAUCUAGCUUGGCCGCUGUGGCCAUCACUAUCCUUAACAACUCAAGAUCUACGGGUUCGCGCUGGUCGCGAACCUCACCCAACGGAAUCCCCUCGAUCGUUACCUAAAGCCAUAGCCAUUUCCGCUAAUAUACCUAUAAGUCGGCCAUGUUGGGGUUUCACAGACGUACCCGGUCAUUGAUUCCGGUCAAGGAUCUAGCGAAAUAUGAUAAGAUCCUGCAAGUUGAAGAGUCAGAAAUCGAAGAGGAGGAGCUGGAGGAGAAUGUCCCGCUGGAGACGUCAGGCAAGGGCCGUGGAAGACAGUUAGCGUUGGUCUAUGUCAUGUUUCUCGCCGAAGCCAUCAUGGCCUCGAGUCUUCAACCACAGCUCCAGCAACUCAUUGCGAAGGACGAGUACUGCGGCUCGCUGUCUACCUCGUAUCUUCGCAGCAUCCUGGACUGCGCCUACGCCUUUGGUGGGACCGCAGGUAUUCUUUGGGGUUACAUUGCGGACCGCAUUGGACGACGCAAAGUCGCACUGGCAGGAUUAUGGACGAUGCUCGGAUGCUGUGCCAGCAUGGGGUUUGCCACCACCAUCAGCAGCUGUGCCAUCUUCCGCUUCGUAUCUGGGGUGGCUAGCUCAGCUGUCAUGGUAAUGACACUGACCAUGAUCGGAGAUUUGAGCACCAACACCAAAGAGCGAGCGAGGCAUGUGUCUCGCCUGCCUCUAGUCGCUCUGUGCGGCUCCAUCGGGCCUAUUGUCCAAGGCUUUCUCUCCGGAUACUUUGAUCCCUCAGCAUUGGGUUCUCAGAUCGCUUGCGGUAGCCUUGUGUUCUUGGUUGCUGUCACAGCCUCAUUCAUGCUCAAGGAGACACUCCCACAUCGGUCCAUCCGAUGCUCUGCAGAGGUUGAUCCAGAUUGCGAGAAAACAGGCUUCCUUUCCUUGGAACCAGCCGGCCACUCUUCCGUGAUACGAAAUGCAGUUCGUCCGGAACCCAUCGCCAUCAGUCAGUUUCUUCAAGCUCCCUCCUUUUUGGUCCUUUUGGCUUCAUUUUCCCUGCUCUCCCUCCAUGCAUCGACCUUUGACAUGCUACUACCCCACCUGGGACACAGCAGCACUCAUCACGGAGGCAUGGGAAUCCCCUGUGAUUGGCUGGGGAUUACCGUUUUGACCGUUCGAGGAGUUGCCGCUACAGCGAUCUUGUAUACCCUCGCCCGUGGAAUUGACAGUUUCGGCCUUUUGAAACUCUAUCGCUGCAUCUCAGCACUCUUUCCGGCUCUCUAUAUCAUCACGCCCCUGUUGGCUACGCUGGCUGCUUCGUCCGCUUGCUUCGUCGCCAUCACUUCCAUUCUGUCGAUUCUUGUUAAACACACAUUAGCUGGUGGAGCGUCGGUUUUGGUGGCCCUCCUUGUCCUCAACACGACGCCCGAUGCAUUCUCAGCCGGCACGGUUGUUGGCAUGAUGCAGGCCGCCAACCUCUUCAAGGCAUUGGCAGUGGCCGUCACGGGCGCCAGCUUCUACCUGAGCAGCGACUUUAGCCUGACAACGACCAACUACGCUCUCUGGACCAGUCUUGCUCUCUUUGGCGUUGUUGGGGCGGCGCUCGCAUGGUUUGUCAGGGAACGACCGAGCGUGGAGCGCGAUUUCCCAAGCGAGGUCCUUUGCUGGGAGACGUGCUUUGAUGCUGUUGACGGAAGCCCCGAUGUCCCUUGAGCUCUGACUCGUCUAUACCCUUUCUCCGAGCUGUCGCUGCCUGCUUCUACAUGCCUCCCUUGUUGACAUUUCCCGCCUUGUACGUCAGUCAAUGUUUAUGUCAUUCAGCUACUUGAUCGUCCACUACCUAACUGAGCUCCCAUUUCAUUCUACUUCGUUAUUGUUCGACUUC